AUCAUGGCGAGCCAACACUCAGAUGUUCCGACACUGACAGCGUUCAUCAAAACCCUGACAAAUCCACAACUGAAGGAUUUGUUAAGGUAUGAGGGCCUCCAGGUGUCUGGGGUGAAGGCUGCCCUGCAGUUCCGUAUUAUUCAUCGACUCCAAAAUCUCGCAGAAUCAGACACUGUCAGUUAUGAUGCCCUAGCCACGCGCAUCCGUGCUACUGCUUUCCCCAAUUCCGCUCCAUACGCACCGCAUCCUGGACCCCAGUACCAGCCUCCACCUGUCUCUCAGUCUCCUGCACAGACUAGAUCUGCACCCCUUGGGAUCCCCAUGUCACCUCACCCAUACACUCCUGGGCCGAGUGCUCCUGUUAUGAAAGCCCCAGCUGCAAAGUCCCCAGGACCUUUGACCUUCAAAGAGAGCCCAUUCUAUACCAUUGUGGAUUCUCUGACUCCAGUUGUGGAAUGCAAAAUUCGUGAACAAACAAGAGAUAGUGUCGAACUAAAGGUUAUGUUGUCCCAAGCAGUGGCUUACAGGCUGCAGACGGACCCCAACAGUCGAGUGAUGGUUUAUUGCGCGGGAGACUCGGGUCUGACACAAUUUACCAAAUCGGACAUCGCCUUCCCACAUCAAGUCGAGCUCAAGGUGAACCUUGAUGAAGUCAAAGCCAACUUGAGGGGCUUGAAAAACAGACCAGGUACCACGCAGCCUGCAGAUGUCACCAAUUAUAUCCGCAAGAAAGCCCAUUACCCAAACAAUAUCGUCAUGACGUAUGCCUUAACACAAAAAAAAUUCUUCGCCCUUGCCAACCUUGUUCAGCAGAAUCCGAUUGAGGAUCUCGUAUCGCAGUUAAAGACAAGGAGAAUUAUCUCGAAGGAACAAGUCAUCCGCGAAAUGAAAAACCGUGCCAGUGAUCAGGACAUCGUUGCUACCUCGAGUGUCAUGUCACUCAAGUGCCCUCUAUCUACACUUCGGAUUCAGGUGCCUUGUCGCUCCAUCGUUUGCACGCACAACCAGUGCUUCGAUGCAUCUUCGUUUCUCGAGCUGCAAAAGCAAGCCCCGACUUGGACAUGUCCAGUUUGCUCAAAAUCGACUAGCUUUGAGUCUUUGCAGGUUGACCAAUACGUCGAUGAUAUUCUCCAGUCUACUUCAUCAAGCAUUGACCAAGUCACUGUUGAACCAGAUGGUGUAUGGUCAAACCCCACCGACUCUGACUUGACAAAGUUGGGUGGAAUGACCCCAUCGUCAGACGAUGACGAUGACGACCUGAUCGAAAUCACUGAGCCAGGGCUUCCUUCUGUAAAACAGGAACCUGGACUCCCAAGUAUUGCUUUGGAGCGGACACCCGCUCAAUCCCAAUCACGAGAAGCUUCAACCCCCUCAUCCGUCAUGCGUAUGUCGAGCAAGAAGCGACCUGUGUCUCAGGUCAUCGAUCUCACCGAAAGUGGCGACGAAGAUGAAUCUCCUGCUCCACCUGCCAAACGUUUCGCUCCAAACUUACCCUCUCGAUCUGUUCCCCGACAGGACUAUCAUAACCCACUUGCCAGCAGCCCCCUGAUCGGCGAUUCAUACCCUCCUUCAAAUUAG